GAGGGUGUGUUUUUGUAAGUCUGAAAGAGUGGGAGACUAAAUCCAGGAGGCAAACGCAGACAGAAACAGCAAGACAAAGAACAAGGCACAGAGGAGACAGUUUGAGUGGUUUUGACAAGCAAUUUAAAGGCCACCGAUGAAGAAAUUACAAGGGCUGAUUUAUUGAAUUAAGGAAGCUGAUUGACAGGACAACAAACCGGCCCACCUGUUCGCCUUUAAAGGUUGGAGGACUGAUCUUUGGAUAUGAUUAACAGAGGAAGGCCUGUCGGACAAGACUGUACUUUACUCUGAAGCCUUGGUACACAGGACAAUGAUUGAAGAAUAUAACCAAGAAAGUCAAGACUUCUGAGGAUUUACACUACAGCGCUGAGUAAGACUAGGAUAAUAUUCUUAUUCUGUAUAAAAGUCACAAUUUGCCUUCUGAACAUACCAUAAAAAACUGGUAAAAUUCUUGUAUGAGGCUAUAGAGUACAUAUGCAUCUGUUAAAUGCUUUUUGACAAAAAAUCUCCAUCCUUAAUGCUUAAGUAAAUCUAAAACACUAUUGCCAACUACUGUACCAAGACUGACAUAACAGUACACAAAUGCAUGUUGAUCUGACGCACACAGCUGUAAUUACAAAGCUAGCUUAAGGAAAAGUUAGAGACAUUUAUAAUUAAAGACCAUCUAUAAAAGGCAGCUGAGGAAGGGUGAGGCCUGUGAAGUAAGAGGAGGAGAAGGCCACAAGGACACCAAGACCGACAGCAGGACGUUAAGAAUCUCAUCAGAAAAAGCAGCUGUUUGUAGAGGGCAGCACUCAUCAUGGACCCUCACGGAGGACACUACCUCAACAAAGCAGCUGUGCUUUCACCUUUAGGUGCAGCUCGAAUGUGCCAACUGCUGUUGGGUUGCACCAUAAUGGCCCUGGUGUCCCAUGGAGCAGGGUACAGUGCCAACUAUGGAACCUUCUGUAUGUUUGUGUGGUGCUUCUGCUUUGCUGUAACUCUGGUUGUGUUCACCUUGGACAUUACACGACUCCACACAUGCAUGCCCAUUUCUUGGGAUAACUUCACAGUCUCCUUUGCCAUGCUGGCAACACUCAUGUACAUCACUGCCUCUGUGGUCUACCCUGUCUACUUCAUCCAAACAGACUGCACCGAUGACGACUGUGACGUCCAGAUCUACCGCAUCACUGUCACUGUCUGCUCUAGUGUCUGCUGCUUCCCCUAUGGGGUUGAAGUGUUCCUGACUCGAGCUAAGCCAGGAGCUGUGGUGGGCUACAUGGCCACUGUGUCUGGUUUACUCAAGGUGAUCCAAGGUUUUGUGGCCUGCAUUAUUUUCGGAGCCUUGGCCAAUGACAGUGAGUACAACCUCUAUAUUGCCACCCAGUACUGUGUGGUGGUGUACAGUUUGUGCUUCUCCGUCACUGUAAUAGUGAUCAUACUGACAGUCUCAGGGAGGACCUCUUCUCUACGUUUCCCCUUUGACCGGUUUGUGGUCAUUUACACCUUCUUCGCUGUGAUCCUCUACCUCAGUACUGCACUCGUUUGGCCAAUCUUCAGCUUCGAUAAGAAGUAUGGUGCUACCUUCCGUCCUGAGGACUGCCCACGAGGAGCAUGUCCAUGGGAUAGUAAGCUGGUGGUGGCAGUCUUCACAAAUGUCAACCUGAUCCUUUACUUUGUAGAUCUUGUCUACUCCCAGAGGAUUCGAUUUGUCUCCAAUGGAACUGUCUGAGGAACUCCUCACCAUCAAGACUGCUUUAGCCACAGAGACAUAUACAGGAAGUUAAAGGGAACAUCUGCCCACAUUCACAUCUCUGUGAAGGACUCAUUCCCCUUUUUAACCAUCGAUUGUAGGUGAUAUGUGUGACACCUAUUUACACUUAAUGUUUUUUUUGUUUGUUUGUUUUUUAAACUGUUUUUCAUUUAGUAUUACAUUUCUAUGCAGCAAGGCUAGUUAGUUCACAGUAUUAAGCAUUAUAAAUGCUACAAACUCAAAAGUCUUUCCUAGGUUAUUCAAUGACCUACCAGGAGAGUCUGCAGGUGUGCUGAUGUCAGCAGCUUUGUCCACAGGCGACCCUGAGAAAUGUGUCCAUCACAGCACCAAAUGCAUCUGUCCAUCCAUGUUACACUGGUAGUGUCUAACAGAAUAGAUCUAUGGAAGAAUUUGAAGACAGUGUUAUCUCUCUCAGUUUAUUUAACUGUAUUUAUACAUUAAAGUGGAUAUAUAUUUAUCUUACAAAGAUAUACAGUGUGCACUGAGGCUUGUAAAUAAAACAAAAAUGUUUUUUGUUGCAUUUUCAAGUAAUAUUGGCAUAGAACUGGGUUCAGUUACAUACAUUUUAUUUGAUUCUUUAUAGAAGAAACACCAAAGUUGAGAUGUAAAGAUUUUGACUAUAUUACUUAGAUGUUAAAUGGAUGUGAUUAAUAUAUGCUGACAAAUAGAUUAAAUUCAGUUGUGACAGACCGAUUCAUGAGGUGUUCCAUAUUCUCUU